AUGGAGUACACAUUCCGCGCAGUAACCCACAAUCCUGGGAUUAUAAUCUGGCGAAUCGAGAAAAUGGAGCUGGUGCAAGUCCCUGAAAAAUCCCUUGGCAAUUUCUACGAGGGUGACUGCUACAUCCUACUCUCUACCCAGAAAGUGGGCAGCUCUCUGAUCUAUGACAUCCACUACUGGAUCGGCUCCCAGUCCAGUCAGGAUGAACAGGGUGCGGCCGCCGUCUACACCAUCCAGCUGGAUGAGUUCCUGGGAUCAGGGCCUGUCCAGCACCGUGAGGUCCAGAACUAUGAGUCUGAUGCCUUCCGAGGAUACUUCAAACAAGGGGUCAUCUAUAAGAAGGGCGGGGUGGCGUCAGGAAUGAGACACACAGAGACUAACAGUUAUGACAUCCAGAGACUGCUGCAUGUGAAAGGGAAGAAAAGGAUAAGCGCCAUGGAGGUAGAGAUGAGCUGGGAAAGCUUCAAUCUUGGGGAUGUCUUUCUGUUGGACUCUGGUAAGACCAUCAUUCAGUGGAAUGGACCAGAGAGCAACAGACAGGAGAGGCUCAAGGGCAUGCUGUUGGCUAAAGACAUUCGGGACCGGGAGCGAGGGGGUCGGGCGGAGAUAGGAGUGAUAGAAGGGGACACAGAGGGGAACUCCUCUAAACUGAUGGAGAUCCUUACUAGCAUCCUGGGGCAACGGACCUCCAAGCUUCUCAAUGGAAUGCCUGAUGAAACAGCCGACCAACAACAGAAAGCUCAGCUUACUCUGUACCAUGUGUCUGAUGCUGAGGGCCAGAUGAAAGUCACAGAAGUUGCCACCAGGCCACUGGUUCAGGACCUGUUAAAUCAUGAUGACUGUUACUUCCUAGACCAGGGAGGGGUGAAGAUCUUUGUGUGGAAGGGGAAGCGAGCCAACAAGGCCGAGAGACAGGCUGCCUUUUCCAGAGCUUUGGAGUUCAUUAAGCUGAAGAACUACUCCACCACCACCAACGUGGAGACAGUGAAUGACGGGGCUGAGUCGGCCCUCUUUAAGCAGCUGUUCCAGAGCUGGAGUGUGAAGGACCAGACUGUAGGCCUGGGAAAGACACACAAUGUGGGGAGAGUGGCCAUUGUGACUCAGGAGAAGUUUGAUGCCACACGGAUGCAUGUGAUGCCAGAAGUAGCGGCACAGGAGCGCAUGGUGGACGAUGGCACUGGUCAGGUGGAGGUGUGGCGUAUCGAGGACCUGGAGUUGGUCCCAGUGGAACCCCAGUGGCAUGGCUUCUUCUAUGGAGGAGACUGCUACCUGGUGCUCUACACUUAUGAGGUCCACAGCAAGCUAAACUACCUCCUCUACAUGUGGCAAGGGCGCCAUGCCUCUCAGGAUGAGAUAGCAGCGUCUGCCUUCCAGGCCGUGGCCCUGGAUCAAAAGUAUGACAACCAGCCUGUACAAGUGAGGAUCACCAUGGGCAAGGAACCCAGACACUUUAUGGCCAUGUUCAAGGGUAAAAUGGUUAUCUUUGAGGGCGGUACCUCCAGAAAAGGCGUGUCUGACCCAGAGCCACCCGUCAGAUUGUUCCAGGUCCACGGUUCUGACGCCUCCAACACCAAAGCCAUCGAGGUGCCUGCCCUGGCAGCCUCGCUCAACUCCAACGAUGUCUUUCUGCUGAGGAGCCAGUCAGGGAUUCACCUGUGGUGUGGCAAGGGAUCAAGUGGGGAUGAGAGGGCCAUGGCUAAGGAGGUCAGCUCUGUGAUUGGACAGCACUCGACUGCUGAAGAGAUCAUGGCAGAGGGUCAGGAGCACAUUGAAUUCUGGAAUUUACUUGGAGGGAAGGCCCCUUAUGCCAACAACAAGAGACUACAGCAGUCUGUUCUGGAUCAUCAGCCGCGUCUCUUUGAAUGCUCCAAUAAGACUGGCCGUUUCAUCGUUACCGAGGUGACCCAGUUCACCCAGGAUGACCUCAGCGAGGAUGAUGUCAUGCUUCUAGACACGUGGGACCAGGUCUUCCUCUGGGUGGGGAACGAGGCCAAUGAGGUGGAGAGGAAGGAAGUGGUGGUCACCAGUCAGGAGUACCUGCGUACCCACCCAGGGUCCCGGGACCCUGACACCCCUAUCCUCCUCAUCAAGCAGCGGUAUGAACCCCCCACCUUCACCGGCUGGUUCACCGCCUGGGACCCCUCCAAAUGGAGUGGUGGGAAAACGUACGAAGAGCUGAAGAAAGAGUUGGGUGAGGUGACAUCCCUCAAGACUCUACAAUACGUUUUCAAUUUUGUCAAAAAUAACUUUAUAUUUUCUUACCCACCAGAGGACCUGAUCAACAAACUAGCCAAUGAGCUGCCUGAGGGUGUCAACCCCACCCAGAAGGAGAAACAUCUCUCAGACUCAGACUUCAGUGCCAUAUUUGGAAUGUCUAAAGACCACUUUGCCAGCCUGCCUCAAUGGAAGCAGCUGAGCAUUAAAAAAGGCAAAGGCUUAUUUUAAAGGGGAAUUAAUCUCUCAUGUUGUACCAAUUUCCAGAUGUUUAAAUUUGCCAAGCAUACUAAUUGUACUUUGUUCAAAAUUAAUUUGAAUUGAUGUCUUAUUAAUUCAAUCUAAUGACAGUCGGUCUCAAAAAAAACCCUGCACUUGUCUGUUCCUAAUUGUGCAUUUAAAAAAGAUGUCUCUAUAUUGUACUAUAUACUGUAUGUCUGCCUCUCAAUUAAGUAUAUAGAUGUCCAUGUUGAAUACGAUCAACCUAAUCAAAAAAUCUAUGUGUAUUCUGAAUGAUUGUUUUAUUGACUCUUCUGAGUUCCGACCACACACUACUACCAUAUCUCCUGUAGUUUUGUUGAAUGUAAUAUGGUAUGGUGGGA